AUGGACGACGGCGACCGGCGGAGCAAGGUGCAGCGGCUGUACGACGCGUGCGACGCCGUGUUCUCGCCGGGGAAGGGAGGGCUCCCCACGCUCACCCAGAUCAGGUGGCUGCGGGGCAUCCUGGACGGGAUGGAGGCGGCCGACGUCGGGAUCGACGCCGGCGGGGACGAAGGCGAGAUGAGGUCGUCGUCGUCGUCGUCUUCCUCGGACGACGAGGCGAGCCCGAGGGCGGCGGCCCGGCGACUCCUCUCGACGCGGGGGUUCACGCGGAUCACGUACGUGCACAUCCACGAGUGCGACGAUUUCUCGAUGGGCGUGUUCUGCUUCCCGGCGGGCGCGACGCUGCCGCUGCACGACCACCCGCAUAUGGUGGUGCUGAGCAAGCUGCUCUACGGCUCGAUGCGCGUCAGCUCCUACGACUGGGACACCGCGCCGCGCUCCGGCCCAAGAAAGGGCGGUUUAGCCAAGGUGGUGGCCGUCGACGAGCUGCGGGAGGCGCCGUGCAGGGCGUCGGUGCUGUUCCCCCAGAGCGGCGGCAACAUCCACACCCUCACCGCCGCCACGCCGUGCGCGCUCCUCGACGUGCUCGCGCCGCCGUACGCGGAGGACCUCGGCCGCCCGUCCACCUACUUCUCCGACAUGCCCGUCCCUUCUCUCCCAGGUUUUGCAGUGCUGGAACAAGCAGAGUUGCCGGAGGAUUUUCGUGUCGUAGGGGCGCCAUACGUAGGGCCAGAGCUCGUCGUAGAUAUGGAUCUGCAUGACUAG